UUCGGCUGCAGCAGUCACAUUUUCUCCCCUGCUGCUAGCCUGAGUCCCCGAUCCUUGUGCUGGCUGUCAGGGGGGCACUGGGCUCAUGGAGAGACCCGUGAAGGAUGGGAUCCUCUAUGUGCAGCACUGCAAAUUUGGAAAGAGGUCCUGGAGGAAGAUGCGAGCCCAGCUCUUUGCCGCCAGCCCCUCUGGAGUGGCCCGCAUGGAGAAUUUUGACGUGCGGGAUGAUGGCAUGACGUUGGAGAAGACCUUGCAGCGGAGCACCCGCCGGGUGAUCCGUCUCUCGGACUGUGUUUCUGUGGGCCCAGCAGGCAUAGAGAGCUGCCCCAAAGCCACCGCUGCCUUCUACCUCACCACGACGGAAAAGAGCUACGUGCUGGCAGCUGAGCAGCGGGACGAGUGGAUCACCCAGUUGUGCCAGCUGGCCUUCCAGGAUACAAAGGACAUGGUGCAGAGUGCUGCCAGGACCCAGCCUAGCCCUGCUGUCCCCAUGGAGGAGAAUUCCCUAUACUCUUCCUGGCAAGACCUGACUGAAUUCCUGGUGCUGGUGGUGCAGACGGAUGCAGCUGCCCGCUGCGGCUUGCACGGGCACUACCUGCUCUCAGCCCUUCCGCAGAGCCUGACGCUGAAGGACCUGCAGUCCCGCCAGCCCCUGCUCACCUGGCCCUACCCCUUCCUCCGCAAGUUUGGCCAGGAUCAGAUGGUGUUCUCCUUUGAGGCCGGCCGCCGCAGUGACUCCGGCGAGGGCACCUUCACCUUCAGCACCCCACGGGCCCCAGAGCUCUGUCGGGCUGUGACCGCCGCCAUUGCCUGCCAGCAGCAGGGCAAGGACACUCCAGACCCCCAGCUCUCUGCACAGGGUCUUGAGCCCCAGCCCUGGGGCGCUAAGGCUGAUGAGCCCCAGCCCAGCCCACCCCUGGGGGGUGCAGAACCUGCUUCCCACCCCCCUGCCAGCCUCCUCUGCUUCCCCUCACCCGAGCCAGAGGGCACAGGCCCCAUCAUCUAUGCCUCCAUCGCCCGGAGCCAGCAGCCCCUCUUUGUGCUGGGGCAGCCAGGCACCAGCGAGCCCUGGGCCGCGGGGAAGCCACCCCCUGAGCAUCUCUAUGAGAACAUCUUCACGGCGGAGCUGGGUCCAGCCAGGGAGGAGGAGGAGGAGGAAGGGCAGGGGCAGUGGGAGCUGGGAUGCCGCCAAGCCCCCGAGGGCCACAGCAGUGAGGCAGGCCCCCUCUACGACAACCGGGCUGCCCUGGGUCAGCUCCCCCGGGGCAGCCCCCAGCCUCCGGAGCAGCGCUGGGGCCGUGGAGGGCAGGAGGCGCUGCCAGGGCCCCGUGGGCACAAGCCCCAGCGCAAUCUCCGGGCCAAGCUCGUGCGGCUGCUCAGCCGGGAGACGUCCGGCCCGCGGGACUGGGCCUGAGCCGGGGCUGAGCGCCCUUCGGUGAUGCGGUGCCGUGAAUAAACAGCCUGGGCCGGA